AUGACUCGAACCGGUGAUCUUGCGAUUGAAGGCAACUUAAGUUCAUGUGACGCUAUAAAGAAAUUCCGGUUAAAACCUGGACGAUCCAGAAAAAAGGAUACUUCCAGUAAAAUUCCUGUAAACAAUGCUGGUGAAGGAAUAUCCGAGGCUGAUUUAAUUUAUCAUUCAAUAUUUAUUCUUGCACUAUUCUUUCAAGUACUUUUAGUAGUUGAUGCUCUCUGGCAUCGUAAUUCUGUCGAAAUAGUAGCCCUUGUAAUAUUUAAUCUUCUUUCAUUAGCAUAUGCGGGAAUACAACUUUAUCAACACGAGAUUCUCGAAGAUCAAGGAACUCAGAACGCAACAUAUGCGCCAAUUAAUCCAAUUUUUCCUAAAGAUAAUAGGAAUGCACCAAAAAUUUAUUAUGAAGCUAGGAUGAGACCAAUCGAAUAUACAAUCAUUUCCUUAAUAUCUAUUUUUCCUAUAUAUCUAUCUUUCAUGUCUUACUUGCUCACCAAAGAAUUUGGUUGGGUAAACUAUAAAAUUUAUUCCGCUGAUAUUCGAGUCCGCGACGCAUUUUGGAGUCUUACAAUUUUACAGACUUUGGUUAAAUUGGACAUAUUCUUUAUUGGAUCGUACGCCUUACAGCUAAUACCUUCUCCAAAAAUUGGUUAUUAUUCUACUGUAGUGGAGAUUGUCCUCGUCUUCUUUUUUGGUACUCUUAUGUUGGUAAUAGCUUGGUUCUCUGUCAUUAAAGAAAAGAAAUAUCUUUUGCUAUCAGCGAUCAAUCUUUAUGCUGUAUCGUUGAUUUACUGGGUUUAUCGACUUAUAACAGUUAAUCUUCCUGUAUCAGAUGGAUCUGUUACAACUUUCGUUCUUGUAUUAAUUACUGUAUAUUAUUCCAUCGUUUGCUUCCGAAAUAUGAGCCGUGGAAUUUAUGUACUUGCUGUAUAUAGACGGCCUGAAGAUGAGGCAGAAGAUUUCAAUAGAAAUCAAUAUUCAGGUGCCGACGAUUCGGAGGCUGCUUCCAAACGCUUAUCAAAGAAAGAAAAUGCAAUUAUGCAGCAGCAGUUACGAACACAGCAAGAACAUGAAAAUGCUAUUUUAGAUUAA